ACCUAUCUUCACAUUGUUAAAAAUGUCACUUUGCGUAUAGGUUAGUGUCAAUCUUUUUUAUUCCGAGUUUUUUUAACGAAAUCGAUUAAAAAAAGUGUUAUUUUAAUGCCAAAACCGUCGAGGAUCUCGCCCAAACGCAGGACGAUUACCAUGGAGGACAUGGGCGAAGAACUAAUAGGAGAAGUGACGGUCGUCGAUGUUUACGAUAUCGCCUCCGAAAUUGGGAAGGAGUGCGAGAAAAUUAUCGAUCAAUUCGGGGCGGACGCCGUUACCUCCCUUAUGCCGAAAGUAAUUAACGCUUUGGAGCAUUUAGAAUAUUUAGCGACGAAAAAUGAGAGAGAAAAUACCCAUUUAGCAGAAUUAAAAUUGAAAAUCGUUCAAUUGGAGAACGAGAAGCUUGAAAAAGCUGAGUAUAGAAGGAAAUUUGAGAAGGAAUUAGAAGCGAUUGAAGAACAAUGGAGGUUAGAAACUAAAGAAUUAGUAUCGGCUGUAUCUCGAUUACAAGAAGAAAAUCGUCGAUUAGCUAAACAAGAUUUAAAGCCACUGAAAGAUUCUCCGGAAACUGGAGAUGGCUUAAUUCUUCAACGAUUACAAACGGCGCUUGAAAAACAACGUGGGGAAUUACGUAUUAAGGAAGCGUGUAUACAAGAAAAGUGUAACGAUAUCGAUAAGUUGAAAUCUCAAGUGGAGCGAUUAAAAAUUAAUAGUCGGGAGUUGAGUAGGAAGCACAAAUCAUUUCAGUCGCAGGUGAGGCAGUUGUGUGAUGAAAGAGCUGAUUUUUUGGUGCAAUUGAAGGAACAACAACGGGAUUUAAUUGGGUUGAGGCAACAGUUGGGGUUGGCUCAAAAAGAAAAUGAGGAUUUAACAAAGUCCAGCCCAACUUUACCAAGCAACUUAAUCGUUUACAACGUAGACGACCCGAAUCGACCGCGAUUCACAACUUCCGAAUUAAAAGACAUCCUCCACGAACGAAACGAAUUAAAGGCGCGCGUUAGCGACUUAGAAGACGAAUUGGAAACUUAUCGACCUAAAGAAAAAAUCCAAACUGAAAACAUUCGUAGUAUUGAAACAAAGCAUGAACAAACUUUUUCUUCUGGUUCAAUUAACGUUGAAAAUGUUGAAAUCUCAGAUGAUCUUUCAAAAGAAUUUCCAGUAAUUGAUGUUGUUUCUGUAAUUGACCCCGUUGAUGAAGACGCCCCAGUACAAGGUCCUUUACCUUACGAACCCGACGACGCUCCUUGGAAACGCACCGCGUCCUCAGAAUCUGGAAUAAGAAAGUUCUUUCGAAAAUUGUUUUCGGACGGCAGCCCGGGGAGCGGUUUUCCGAGACGCAGUCUUUCUACGCUUUCGAAGAUGGCUUUAUCCGCUGCUUCUUCGGACCCAAUUCCGCUUUAAGAUGAUUAAAAAUUCUCUCAAUGAUCGAAAUUAGUUUAAAAAAAAUCGGAUUAAAUCGGAUUUCUUAGGAAAAAGAAAAUACUCAUUCAUUCCAUGUCAACGUAACGAUUAGAUCUGAAUUAAUUAAUUAAUUAAACGGUUUCGUUAGGGCACAAAUUUUUUACGUACUUUUUUAUUAUUUUGUGGUAAACUUUAUUUCUGUAUCUAGUUGUAGAUAUUUAUAGUUAUUUAAUUUGUGAUAUUUUAUAGUCAACGUAUAACGUAAAUAAUCAAGUGCACGUUCUAAAAUUAAAGAUUAAUACCCUACAUAGUAAGGUAAAAAGUAACAUAGUGCCAAAAUGUGUUAAUUAAAUUAUUAUUAUUAGCGAUAAUAAUACUAAUAAAUAAGA